UCAGCUGCACAAACUUACAUGUUAAACUUCUCCAAAGAUAAAAUACAGGCCCUUCUGUCUGAUCACAACUUUUACUGGUGGCUCAUAUUUCAAGUUCAUUUCCUUGCAAAGUCUUUAUUUUGGAUUAAAGUGGGAUCUGUGACCAGGCAGAUCACUUGUUUAUUCUUAGCAUUUGGAUUUCACUGACAUUCCUGUCAUGUAGAAAAAUAGAAAUAUCUUUGCAUUGAUUCAGCUAAACUAACUGCAGACACUGAGAGGCGUAAAGUUCAACAAAUGCUGUUUUUAUUUACUUCACUGGUGACAUCAGUAGAUGCUUGCAGUGAAACCACCACUGCAAAUAUUUAUGCAUUAAAGUAUCGCAACUGAAAACUCCCUACAAACGUCCACUUCUAACACCACAAACAUUGUCCAGAGGAAAUGAUAUUAGCUGAACAUAAAAACAUACACAUAUGUAACUCAUCAAGACACACAAAAAUGUAAUUGACACCCAUGACCAAAAUCCAACAGGAAGUCAGCCAUUUUGAACUAUAUGUUAUAUGUUUUGACGAUUUUGGGUCAUUUUUAGACAUUUUCAAAAGCUAUAAACUCAAACAGGGUAACACCGAGAGAGAUGAAAUUCGGCCAGGAUGUACUACACACAUGGGUGAUCAAAAGUUAUCAAAAUGCUCCGCAAAAGUCUGAGGGCGUGGCCAUGGCGGCCUCCUGAACUUUGAUGCUUCGCCAUGAAAUAUCAACUGCUGUGUAACCGCCCUAAACAUGCUCCAAUCUGCCUCAAACUUUACAUGUAUGAUCAGAGUCCCGCCCUGAUGACAUUCACAUGCUGAAAUACAGCCACAGUCAUAGCGCCACCUGGUGGAUAGAAGGAAAAGCUCUAUAACUAGCCUGUACAUGGUCCGAUCUGCCUGAAAUUUUAUAUGUGGAAUCACAGUCUGACCCUGAUCACAUCCAUUGGCCAAUAUACACUCUCGGUCGCAGCGCCACCUGGUGGAUGGACAGGAAGAGCUCUGUAAGUAGCCUGAACAUGCUCCAGUCUGCCUGAAAUUUUACGGCUGUGAUCAGAGUCCAGCCCUCAUCGCAUCCAUAGGCCGACAUGCACUUUUGGUCGCAGCGCCACCUGGUGGACAUGCGUGGAUUCGCCGGCCAGCAAGGAUGCGAGGACCCGUCCAACGCUGCUUGCAGCUUUAAUUAGUUUGUGUGCAGUUAGAAAAUUACUGACGGAAACGGUGUCUGGAAAAACGCAAAACGGGUGAAGAUUCAUCAGGACCUAAAAACUCCGGCUAUACCUCGAGAGUUACCUUAAAUUUGGUUUUAUUAAAGGACAAGACAGAAUUAUGUUAUUUGUGGUGAAAUGCUCACAAAUGACAGCACGAAGCCAGCGAAUUACGGCGACGUCAGGAAACAAAACACAGUUCGGUAAAGUCGGAAAGAUUUUCACAAAUUCGAAUUUCCGGCAUCAAUAACUCAUUAAAUAUACGUUGUCUAAACAUGAACGAUGCCUCUUUUCCAUCGUUGUAAGGUAGACAAUGUACUACAAGCCCAGGUAAAUCAAAAGUAGCUGUCUUUCGAGCCGCAGAAAUAACAUAGGUGUCUAUGAGCAGCCGGCUGUGUGACGAGUGAACAGGGACUGUAUGCAAAAUGCAAAACCGCUGCAAACAGCGAAGAGACACAAAUAUUCAACAAAUUUACUGCAGUCAGCAACUGACUCCUGCUGGUCAUACUACAACUCUUGGUUUGAUAUUAAGGCGCCGCGCUGGGGUGCAGCUUAUAGUGGGGGCUCCAAGUCAAACAGGUUGGGAACCACUGCCCUAGAAGACGCGUUUGACGCUAUCUUUGGGGGCACUUGAAGGCCAUGGUGUAUCAGGUGAAGAUACGCGACAUAAAUCAUCUCAAGGAACGUAUCACCAACGCCAUUUCAAGCAUAACUUCAACUGUGCUAAUGCAAGUUUAUCAACAGUGGAAAACACGUAUUAAUAUGUGUUUUCGAAACAAUGGUAAUCAUAUAGAGCACAUCAUAUCAAUAAAAAUGGUUGUCCAACAUAAAAUGUUUAUUUUUCCUAUGUAUGGAAACUUAUGGCCCACCCUGUAUAACUGUAAUGAAUAUAAACAACAGAGACUACCACAUGAGCACCUUGUCAGACGAGUGUCUUUUUUAAUCUUCAUAUGGUUUGAGGGCUGGCCUGGUGUUGUAGUUGCUUUAUGCGAUCACAUCAAAGGAACAUACAGUUCAAACGUGCUUCACUUUUUCUUUUACGUUUGGUCCUCUAUGUAUGAACUGUGACCUGGUUCUGAAGUCAAGGAAAAUGAAAAGUGGCAUCUCAAACUUGGUUCUGGUAAAUUAAGUUACUCCGAUGAAGGCAUCUGUGCAAAUGUCAAUAUAUAUGAUUUGGAGUUAAACACCUUGUUCUCCAUAUCAGUCUACAUUCAGUAAUUCAAAACCACAAAGUAAGACACAGUUUUCACAUUUUUUUUCAGAAAUUUAAUACAAAUCAAAAAAACUGAAAACUCUCGUCUAAAUAAGUUUUCAGACUCUUAUUUUAGUUUAUAGAGGGCCCUUCUACAGUUUUGCAUGACUUGAUUUGAACAGGUUAUCAUAUUUUUCCCUGCAAAUCCUUGAAAACUUUGUCAGACUGGAUGGAAAUCUACAAAAUAAAAGUGCAUAUAAAGUGAAGGGGUCUGAAUACUUCUUGAAGCAAGUGCAUGUCACAGAUGUUACUAUGGCAACAUGAGCUCUGUGAGUGGUUUUACAUUGCCGGAUUUAAAAAAACACAUGGGAUAAUUUAUAAUCCUACGUUCUUUCGACUCUGUACAUUGUGUUCAGUUUACCAAUGCUAGAAUUUUACAUGGCACCAGGCUCACUGUGCUCGUGUAAUUAAUUAUAAUGAUAAUAAUAAUUAAAGCUUUUAAGAAGAAAAUGUUGUUUAAGUUACAGCUAUUCUGCGCAUUCUGUCUCUCACACGUACAGAAAGGAAGUCCGUGUUAGCCGCUUUUAUUCUGAAGGAAGAGGAUCGGAUGUUUUUUAUGUGUCGCGCGGAAUAUGAAGUAGCUUCAAAAUAGCACCUUGAGAUUUUAUUUUUCAGCUAAUAUGCGAACAGAAAUUCUGCGAGGUAACACAUGCGGUAGCUAAGUAAAAAACAAAAAAGCUGGUCGUGGUUUGUUUUAAUUAAACGCUCUACUCGGAAACGACUUCACGAAAGUCUAAGCUACCGGCUAAUGCUAGCUAGCUAACCACCGAGCUAGUUGUCAACAUCAAAAUGUAAUUGAUGAAUCUCCGCCACACCCGAACGGAGAACUGUAGAGAGGAGCUCUACACAUUUUACAGCUCUAAUGGAGAUAAACUGACUCGACAUUCCUCCUGCUUUAGCUGUUUCCUAGAAACGUGCCUCAAAUCAAAUCUAAACGGAUAAAGCCUUGUCCGGUUGCAUUUACAACAUGAAGCAGACAAAUGCAGGUGCUGGAAAAAGUGGGGUUUUGAUGUCAGAUUUAGAUAAUGCUACAUCUGCCUGAGUCCCUUUGGACAGCAGACGAGGGGUCUCUGGACAACUGCCAGCAUGUCUUUUGUCUUGAAUGUAUCCAGCGGUGGUCUCAGACAGCCAACACCUUCCCAGUGGAUCGGAUCAGUUUUGCUUUCAUCUACCAGAGACAGUGCCCUGGAGGGGACGUACAAAAGGAGAUCAAAAUUAGUUCACGGAAGCAGGAGGAUGAUGAGGAGGAGGAGGAGGAAGAGAGCAAUACUGUUGUCUGUGAGGAAUGUGGAUGUAGCAAUCAGGAGCACCAGAUGCUGGUGUGCAGCUGCUGUGAUUCAGGGUAUCACGUGGACUGUUUGACAUCACCAUUUAACAGAAGCCCUGAAGAUUUCUGGAUUUGUCCUGAGUGUGUGCUCAUACCUUAUUAUACAGGCAGCACCAUUGAGGAGGAGAUCAGUGAUGGAGAACUAGCAGACCUCCUUGCUGAUGUGGAUGAAACUUCAUUGACCAGCAGCUGCCUUCGGCCCGUGAUUCGUCCCAGCAGCUCCACUGAAAGACGACGCAGCGCCAGAAUCCAGAGCAGAGCCAGCAGGAGUCCAAGUGGUCGCCUCCAAACCUGAGUACCAAGAGUUUAUUUAAUGAGCUGCUAAUGUGAGGAUUUCACAUGAUCAACUUUAUUUUGGACAAAUAAGGUGUCCAUCUGAAUAAUUCUGCAAAGAUUUAUGUGUGCAUAAUAGUAGUAUGACUGAAACGCCACAAUGUUUGUAUCGGUACAUGAUAUUAGUCACAAAUAAAUAUUUUGUACGAAAUCAAAAUCAA